GUCUAGCAGCCUACUUCCCGUCUACCGUGCGCCUCGUAGUGCACGGCGGCGCCGUCAUGGUCCUCCACCCUCUCCUGGCCUGCCGGGAGUCCACUCGCGACGUGGACUACAUCCACCGCUCCUUCGAGGCAGAAUGGAUCGCUCGUGGCGUCACGGACGCCGGCGCGCGGCUGCUCACCUGCAUCAAGGCCACCGCCCGCCAGUACAACCUGGGCGCAGAUUGGAUGAACGCAUGCGCGGACAGGGCACUGCCCGUGUCCCUAGACAUCUACGGCCGGCCGCAGGACCCCAUCUCCUGCGACGCGCUGUCCGCGACCAACGUCAGCCUCAACACCAUCUACACCUCGCCCGGGCUGGUCCUCGUCGGGGUUGGCUGGGCCUGGGCGGUGGCGCUCAAGCUCGUGCGGUACGACAAGCACGACCCGCACGACGUCGCGAGCAUACUGCGGCUCGGCUGCCGUCAGCGCAACGUCCAGUGGACGCGCACCUUGCUUGAGGCGUGGCUGGUGUCGAUCUGCGGGGCGAUGGGCUACGCUGCAUACUCGCCCUGGCAGAUGGAAGCCACUCGGCAGAAGAUGCGCCAUGCGAUUUCCCUUGCCCAUUCUCAGGACGUCGCUCCCCAUGACCCUGGUCUCCAAGCUGUGCGAAUGUACUGAACCCUGUGACGGGUGUAUGUGUAUCCUGGCUCGAUUGUCUUACUCUAGAGGACGCUUGCGCGCUCAUGUCUGUUGCACUAAUUGUCUAUCGUCCUGUAAACCAUUACUCAAUUGUUAUGCCGAACUUGGCUUCG